UUCAGCGAAUAUAAUAUUGACAACUUAUGGUGUUCGCACUAAUAUGACAACCGGUACUGAAUAAUUACGAAUAAAUAUGAUAUAGUAGCUCACGGUCAGUAUCUUUAUAUUGUUUUAUCUGCUUUUGGUGGAGAUGAUGACGAAAAGAUGCACACAUUGAUCUCGACAUAAACAAUGAAAUCGGAAGUAUGAUAAUCAGCUACGAGGGCACUCAUGUGAAAAUUAAUUUGAUUGAUGAUAAUCAUUAUUGCAUAUUAUUAUUUUGUAACUAUUGAAUAAUGCACCUGAUGGAUGAUGCGAAACAAUAUGGAAUUAUCGAGAGAUUCAAAUAUAAAUAACGGAUAAACAAAGUAGAGUUAAACUUUAAGUCGUCAAGGUUUCGGAACGGGCCAUGAACGGAUCCGAUUUUGGCGGGCCCAACUCGACCGAUAACGGAACUGACGGUGUAGUGUGGCCUGACAGCAAUCAGUUCGAGCUGCCAUGGUGGCAUCAGUUGGCGUGGACGGUACUGUUUGUGCCGAUGAUUAUGGUGGCCACGGGCGGCAACCUGAUCGUCAUAUGGAUCGUCAUGACCAACAAACGGAUGCGGAACGUGACAAACUACUUCCUGGUGAACCUUUCCAUCGCGGACGCCAUGGUGUCCACGCUCAACGUGUCAGUAAACUUUAGUUACAUGCUGACCAGUAACUGGACGUUUGGCACCGCCUACUGCAAGAUCAGCCAGUUCGUUGCCGUGCUGUCCAUAUGCGCCAGCGUGUUCACGCUGAUGGCGAUUUCCAUCGACAGGUACAUAGCAAUAAUUCACCCUCUAAGGCCACGUUUGGGCCGGAAGACGACACUUAUGAUAGCCACUAGCAUUUGGGUGGUUGGUACAAUAUUGUCCAUACCAAACCUGAUAUUUUUUACCACGCACACGGAGCUGUUUCCCAACGGCGAUCAGCGAGUCAUAUGCUACGCUGAGUGGCCAGACGGUAUCACUACAAAUAGCUUUCAGGAAUACGUUUAUAAUGUUUCGUUUAUGAUAAUUACAUAUUUCAUUCCAAUUGGACUGAUGGGUUUCACCUACGCUAUGAUCGGUCACGAGCUAUGGGGAAGUCAGAGCAUCGGAGAAUGUACACAGAGACAGUUGGAGCAUAUCAAGUCCAAGAGAAGAGUUGUGAAAAUGAUGAUUGUUGUAGUAACAAUUUUCGCCAUCUGUUGGUUGCCGUAUCACAUUUACUUCAUUGUCACUUCUCAUAUGCCGGAAUUAACUAACGCACCGUAUAUACAAGACGUAUAUUUGGCAUUUUACUGGCUAGCAAUGUCCAAUUCUAUGCACAACCCUAUCGUGUACUGUUGGAUGAACUCCAGAUUUCGUCAAGGAUUCAAGCAGUUCUUUUCUUUCGUACCAUGCAUCAAUGUAAGAACCGGCAGCCUAAUCCGACGGGAAGUUGUCACCAGCAGGUACAGCUAUAGCGGAUCCCCGGACGCCCACUAUCGGAUAGUGCGCAACGGCACCGUUUGCAUACCCUUGAACCAUCUUUGCAACGACAACGGAAGAGGUCACCUGAAAGUGCCGGCGGCUCAUUGGAGGCAGGCGAAAAAACACGGCAUCGACAGCAGUGUUGGCGAAAUGAGCAGCACCAGCUUUAGCAACGCUGUGACGGGAGUAACAAUAGCCAUGGCGAGUACGUCGACCUGCAACGAAAACAGUAUCAACUGCAACGAGGACAGCUUGAAAACCUGUCUAGGAAAAAAUGCAAAUUCCGCAUCCUGACGACAAUCGUCGCAAAAGGACGAAUGGAACAACGAUUUCCAUCAUCGUCGAUCGUUGGCGACCGAUGUUACUACUCCGAGGAGUACUGUGACACAGCAGAUUUGGAUUUAACGACCGGGUUAAAGAUGCGAAAUUCCUCAGUAUCACUUGGAUAAUACUUUGCGAAUGCAAUUAUCGUAUUAUAAUUUAUAAAUUGAAAUUUACGUGUUUGUGUGUAUGUGUGUGUUUAUGUGUGUGUGUGGUGUGUGUGUGUGUGUGUGUGUGUCCGAGUGUGUUUGUAAUGUUUGUAAAACAUCAGUGGCACCAAUUUCCUAAUAAUUAUUAUAGAGAUAUAUAGUAACUUACAGCCACUCAAAAAGUACUGAAACCGAUUCAUCUCUCACACUAUAUCCCUUCAGAUAAAGUCAAAUCAAUUUCUUAGUAUACUAAACUAAUAUUAGAGGACUGUCUUGGCCAAAUUUCAAACGAAAUUGCAACUGCAAUCAUUAUGUACCUAUUAUGCAUCUAAGGCCACUGAUACAAAAUAUCGAAUUUGUACAAUUACGCUUGGACACUCGCAAUUUAAUUAUAUUAUAUUAUAAAAUGUAUUAUUAUAACAUAAUAUAUUGUUCGCACUUCAGUAAAUUAGUACAUCAUGUAAGAAAAUAGCACUAAAAUAUUCAAAUCGUCUUUUCCAUCAGCAUGCUCCAUUUAUAGUCAACAAUAAAUCCUUAAUAAAAUAAUAUGUUUAGUAUACUCUCGUCUCAACCACCGUUCUGAAAAGAUAAUCUAAAUUUUGAUCUCAUUAUAAAUAUUAAUAUUGGUAGUUAUUGUGCUCACGCAAUUGUAUUGCUAUAUAUAUCAGUACAACAAUUAUUUAAACGUUUCAAAAAUGAAUUAAAACCAAUAUUUAACUAUAAAACAAAAUUUUUUUCACUACCCGAUUCGGUAUUGUUUAAAUCAAUUUAGGUAUUCAAUUCCUAGUAGGAUUUAACAUAUUUGUCUUAAUUGCGAUUUUCUCGUAUUGUGAUAUUUUUUCUACUUGAAUUAACUCUUUAGACCAUAAUAUUUAAUAAAAAUACAGUAUCUUCAAUGUAAAUAUUUUUUUUCAUCUCAUACCAUCAUUAGGAGAAAAAUAAUUUAAAAAAAAAAUGUUAUUCACAGUGAGUCGUGGGUAUACUAAAUAAUUUCUUUAUCUUAAUCAUACUAUAAUAAACUAAGAGAAGUAUACCAAACAAGAAAUAAUGUUUAGACUUUCCAGAAUAUGUUUAAUUAAAUGUCUUUUAAUAAAUCUAACCUUGAUAUUUUUUUUUCUUAAGUAAGACAUAUAACUCUUUAAACUUUAAUCUAAUUUAAUUUAGUUUAGCAUUGUUAUUUUUUACUGUACAAAGAGCAAAAAAGAACAGAAAAUACAAUUUUUUAUUAAUCAAAUAACCAAUAGUCAAUAGCAAAGAUUAAUUUUAAAUAUUUAUAAUAAUUAUUAGGUACUAUCAUAUCUAUUUAUUUUUAUUAAUUGUUUAAUCAAUAAUUUAUUUUAUUUAUUAUUUAUAAACUAAAAAUGUACAGCAUAUUAUUAUCAUAUUAUGACGUAUUUAAGCGAGCAUCUUUCUUAAUUAUAGCAAGCAAUGAACUUUAUAACUUUAUACAGCAAAACUAAAAUCCAAUCGAUCGCUUUAAGUGAAAGAUUUUUUAAAACGUUACGAAAACUCAUUUACUUACUACUAUGAUAAAAAUCAUUACCAUGUACUUAAUAUUAUUGGAUGUACUUAACAAUAUUCAGGUAAAUAUUGAUGUACAGUAAUUUAACAAAAUCUUCGGUUUAACGCGCAACGUAUGGACGUUAAGUAAAGGUAAUUUAUACAUUUGCUUUCAUUUUCUUUUUUUCUUUUUUGGACAACUACCUGCGAGAAAGCUUAUAAAAUACCCGAAUCACCGCCGCCAUCGCCGCUCAUCCUACGAAUACCGCUUAUAAUUUAAUAAUAUGUACCUACGUGCGCAUCCGUAUAUAAGGAUUACGUGUGAUUUUAAUCCAUUACACAAACCCUCCGUGCGAGUCGUUGAUGCUGUGUAAACGGAUUCAAAGUCCUCGUUUCGCGGCUAAUUCCUAGUCCGUUCGAUAAAACUUGGUCGUUUCGAAAUAGCGCUCUAGGAAAUCACGUUCUAUCUAUAUUCUAUACCUAUACGAAAUUUCAAUGUACAAUUUAUUAGCAUGUGUCCAACUUUAUAAAUAUCUAUCAAUUUUUUUAUUUACUUAUUUUUCAUAUUUACUUAGGAACAACGACAUUUUGACAAAGAAUUUAAACACAAAUUUAUACAACUACAAAUGGGAAAAAUAUCAAUAAAACUCAAUUGUUACAUUUUCUUUGGAUUUUCGUUAUAUGAAUUGACCACAUUUUAUUUUGUCAUUAUAUCACUAGUAUCAUGCUAUUAUUAUACAAAAGUUACACUUCAUUCUAUCAUAAUCGUAUUAUUAUCGAAAUGUUAACGUAAGUACCUACUCGUUUGAUGGUGGACGGACACUAGAAUGUAAUUUUAAUGUUUUACCACAAAAAUUAGUCUAGUUCAAGGACCUGCAAAUGAUGUAUGGCCUAUGUUAAUUGCGAAUAAUUUAUAACAACAUUAUCAAUAAUAAAUUGAAUUGUUUCUUUUAAUGAAUUAGCAUUAUAAUUCAUCAAAAACGUAUUGUUGCAGACUUAAAUUAAUUAAAAAUAUGUAUUUUUAAAUUAAAGGUUAACGGUAUUGUAUUUUUGAUAUAUUAUGUUAUAUUUUAUAAACAAUCACCAUUUCAAUUAAUACAUAUUAUUUCAUAACUACAUAUAUAUUAUGUAAUAUUUAUAAUAUGUAUACCUAACAUAUAUCCUCUUCUUGUGUGCAACUUUUUGUAUGUAUUCGUAAGUACAAUAUGGCAAUCUAAUUCUAUGUUAAAUUCGUAUAAAUAUAUCAAAAGUAUUAAGUUUGACAAAUCAAAAUACAUACAUCUUUAUAUCAAUCAUAAAAAAUUACAUUCAUAAAUAAUGGUACAUGAUUAUGUCAAGUUAGCCCAGUUUUCACUACUAUAAUUUAAACAAAAUUAGCUUUCCUUUAAAGAUAUAAGACUCAUCAUCAUUGUAUUAAAUAUAGCAUCCUUUCAUCGUUACAUACCUAUUAAAUUUAGAAUAUCUUUUAGCUUAAUAAUUAUUAUGUAUCUUAUAUUUUAUGUAAAAAUUUUAUUUUUUACUUUUUUAAAACUAAAUAUAGCAUAUUAAAGGUUACACAAAUACAAAAAAAAAAAUAAUAAAAAAAAAACGUGAUAAAGUGUGUGAAAAUGUGUUAAAAAAAUGAAUUCGCGCAGAUAAAUAUAUAGGUAUAUAUAGAAAAAUUACAAUAACUAAAACAAAAAUCAUAAAUUAUUACACAACAUCUAAAAACAAAAUAAAAUAACAAUACAAUUUGUAUGUGUACUGGUAUAAAAUAAACAGUCAUGAAAAUAUAUUUAUAAGUUUUACUCAAAAUAAAUAAAUCAGUUAGGUAACAAUUAUUAUAAUAUUUAUUUUGUAUAAUUUUAAAUUAAAAAAUAAUAUAUGAUGUUACGCAGCAAAAAGAGCAGGGAUCCAUAUUAGUAAUAAUAAUCCUACGUGUAGUAGAAAUGAACUUGGGAACGGGUAUUACACUGUUGUCACUGUGUAACUUUUGAAAUUAAUGUCGGGUGAUAAAGUAUGUAAUUCAAUUUUACUUUAUAACAUAGUAUGUAUUUAAAAAAUAAAUAACACUUAGAUACGUCUGCUUCCUGUCAUUGUAUCAUUUAUAAGCCUCUUAGUGACGGGACUAUAAUUGUAAAGUAAAUGAAGAAUAUUUAAUAAAGGCGUACGUCAUACAAGCAUCCAACUAAUCUUAAACAUGUUCGCUCUAACCAAAUACAAUUUCUUGAUCAAAUAUGACAUAACUGUAUUCAAGGAAAGUACCUACAUACUAAAAUAACUUAAACUUACCAUAUUGCACAAUAAAGCACUUUUAUAAUGCUUUAAAUUCCUCGUCAACCUCGUAACAAAAUUCUGAACUUUUAAAGCUACAAAAGUAACAACUUACCAAUUCAGUAUAAUGUCCAGUAUUAAGAGUACACGAUUAAAUUUAAAACCAUGGUAGCAAGUUCAAUUAUUAUACAAAUAUAGAAGUAUUUAGCAAUGUCUAUUAAAAUAAAGCUAAUAAAUUUUAUCAUGUUUUAAUUAUUUUGGAGUAAAUAUUAUCAAUAAAUAAAUGAAUGUUUUACUAUAACUAUAAAUACAGUAUAGGUACUCUAUAUUAAAGAAUAUAGGUAGAUACUACGUUAUUGCGUUUCCAGCUAUAAUUAACAUAAUAUUAUGAAAUAAUCUUCUACAGCUAAAGAUUAUUAAAUAAAGUUUACCUUAUUUAAUGUUGUAUAGUACAGGUUUGUGACGCAAUAAUCAUAAUAAUAUUAAUUUAUUUUUAAUAUUAUUAAGCUUCGGCAAAACCAUUAGCUGUUGGAUUUUUAUUUUGUUACUUUAAGGUUAGGUAAUAAUAUGGUAGUUUUUUCGAAAACGUGUUCUCGUGCAUGGGACAUGACUUCGUAGUAAAGUGAAGAACCCAAAUGACUAACAAUCCAAUCCAAGAGAGAGUUAGUAAUGUCGGACAAUGCUAGACCUUAUGACCAUUCAGUAACUUCAACACUACACCCCAAUAACAUUAUAUUAUAUUGGUAAAAUAACUUUGAACAUGAAGUAACUACAUUUUUCUUUAUCAUUAUGCAGGAUGCAAUACGUCAUAUUAUAUGAAUGUAAGUACGUAUAUUGUUUCCUUAUUAGUAAUUCAUAAACUACAUAAAAAUAACUGUGACUGCAUUAUUGAUUUGAGCAAUUGAGAGAGUGGAUCGUGUCACAUUGAACUAGCAAUAAUUUAAAUAAAUAUAAUUUACUGACAAAAAAAUAAAGUUAAAAUAUUUGUGAGAAUUUUAUUUUGCUAAGUUGUGACUGUUUUACUCAUAUUAAAAUAAAGCACACUUUUUUAAUAUGUAGACAGUAUGAAGAGUCUAGAUAUUAGAGAAUUUUCUACAGUUUGUGAACCCCCAAUAAUUUUGUUUUAAUUGCACUUUUGUAUAUUUUAGGAAUCCUUCAUAUUUGCUGAUUCACUGCCUAACCAUUGUUGUCUCAACCUUCCACGUGGUAGUUUCUCGAAUAAGUUUUUCUUUUAGGUCAUAUUAGAUUUAACUUUUAUUUUCUAUUAUUGUUAUAAUAUUAGUACCUACCUAUAAUAUACCUAAAUAUUCAAUACAUUUUAAAGCACACAGCUACCACUUAAGUGUACAUUAUCACAAUAAUACAUAAUACAAUAAUACACAAUAAUACUACUAUAUUAUUCAAUAUUGUAUUACCUUAUCAUUUUCUGAUGUAUUAAAUUCACUGCAAUAAUAUUAAAAUGAUUUUCCAAAAGGUAUCUAACGAAAAUCUCAACUAAUUUUAAAACGGUGAUAUAAGCACCUAACUUUGAAACUAACACGCUAUAUACAACCCGAACCGGUAACUUCAAAUUAUACUAUAUUAUUUUAAAAUAUCUUCUUGAAUGAUGGAUCGGAGAAAAAUAAUAUGUUACUCUUAUUUUUCACAAAAGCGACGAAAUCCAACAACGGUAAAUGGUACCUGCAUAAUAUAAUAACAUAAUAUAAUAGCGUGCAUUGCGAAACAUAUGUCACCGAUUCACCAGAAUACGUGAAGUCCUUAUUUUUAUUGUUUUUUUUUCUCGUAUUCGAUGACCAUUCAAAAUAUUAAAUUACUAGUGUGCUAUAGUAUACACACAUACACACACACACACACACACACAUGACACAUACAUAAAUGUAUACAAAAGAAAUUAAUGAGUAAUGACGUUAUAUUUACCGUCACUGACUUAAACUGAUCUAGGCAAAUAUUUCAGGUACCAUAUGUAUAUAAAAUAAUACAAUAAAGUCGCUUCCACCGAUGGAAGACAUAAGCGCCAAAAUUAAAUAUAAAAAAAAAGUCGUGUCGUACGAUAGCUCCAAAAUCCUAGGUAACCGUGUAAAAAAAGAUGGAUUAAAAAAUCAUCCGAUUUAUUAAUAUUAUAUUUAUUUUUAGUGUAAGUAUAUCAUACUAAUAUCGAUUAUUGACAAUUUUAAAUAUUUUAUUUUUUUCACCUUUGGCGCUGAUGUCAUAGAGCCGCUUACGCUUUCCCAAAAUUUUAAAUAUAGCCUUUUGGGGCACAUAUUAUAUUAAUGAAAAAAUGCAUACGAAAAAUACACGGUAAAACAUACCAAAUAAAUUUCGACUAACCCACAACUUAAUCAUCUCCCUAUGUAUAAAAUUGUACAUUAUACAGUGCAAAUCGACAAAACGCGUAUAAACACAUUAAAUUUUUACAUAUAGGUACGUGAUAUCUAUAAUAUAUUUAUUAUAUUUAGCGUUUCGUUGUAUCAGUGUGCUUACAUAUUUUCCCUGGUGGAUGGUUGCAUACGCGCACAAAACGUUGUCCUCUGCUUACCGAUUUAUGACUUAAGUCCAAAAAUCCCCGCGUAACCUUAAUUGUGCCAAAAUACAUAUUGCAUUAUUGCCAUGAUACUAUACGUUCCUAAACACUGUUAUUUAAUCAUAGAUAAUAUACAUUUUAAUAUUAAGUACCUAUAUUUAAUCUAUGAGAAUAAUAUUGUGUGUAAAACUUUUAUUAUUACGCAUUAUUUAUAUUGUUGUUAUUGUUGUUGUUGUUGUUGUUUUUUUUUUUUUUGUUGUUGUUGUUGUUAUUGUGGAUGAUGUUUUUGCUACACAACAGAACAGAAUAAUAUAGAAACACGAAGUUUUUAAGCAAUAAAAGUUGUAUAAUAUCACAUUAUGUAUACCUACAGACUACACUAAUCCAUGAAUAACUUGGUUUUAUUUAUUUUUCAAAAUUAAUAUUGAAUACUUCAAAAUAAAAUAUCAUUAUUACGAUAUAUAUUGUAUAUAUUUAAAAUUGUUGUUAACCGUAACUAAAACAUAGUACGUAUCCUUUAAUAAUAUUAUUGUUCCAUUUAAUUAUUUAGCUCAAAUGCCACUUUAAUUAGUUACUUGCAUUGAACCUUUGUCAUUACACAGAGACUUAACUCAUUCCAAUGUAAAUUAACUACUAAAAAAAAAAAAUCGGUAACAAUGAAUCAUUGAAGCCAGUAAUUAUUUUGAACAUAUUAUAUUAUUAAUAUAAUUAUUAUGUAUUAGUAUAAGAUAUUAAGUACGAGUAGAUAAUAUUAUUAUAGUUAAUAACUUAAUACGGCUCGCAUCUAUUCGAAAAUAUAAUUCUAUCAAUAACACUUGCUACAGAUAUUUUCGAUAUAUAUUUUAUGUAAAUUAUAUUAUUCAUCCGUACCUACUCCAAUAAUUUUUAGUUACCAUAUGUGAUUGUUUUUAAUUGUACCUAUUCAAUUUAAGGCUAUGAAAUAUUAUAUUAUGUGUGUGUGUAUUUAUGUGUUUAUGUGUGUGUGUGUUUUUUUUUAAUAAAUGCUUUUAACUGUAAAAUAUAAUUGUCUGUUUAUUUAUUUAUUAUUAUUUUUCCCCAUAAGGCAGUUAUAAUCAUCAUCCUCCAGUGGGUAUAUAAUACGCUCUACCACCAAACCUAUAUGUAAAAGGCGAAAUAAAUACAGAAAAGUACAACUAUGAAUGUAAAAAUAAUAUAAGCAGAACUAUAAAAAAAAUAAAUAAAUAACAAUAAUAACGAUAAUACAUUUACAAAAACAACGACAAAGGUGGGAAUACGGCUUCAAGCCAUUUAAAUAUGCAAAACAAGUGUAUUGCAGUUGGUGCUUGGAUUAAAAUUUGAAUUUAAAAAUAAACAUAAUAGGCCUCGAGAGGCCAAAAAUCAUCUCACAAAAACGAGUGAAUUUCGAUAUGUGUGUGACUAUAAGUGAUAUUUUUAAGUUAACAACA